ACACAGUGUCGAUUCUGGUCCAGAAGGGGGCAGAUUUGAUCCUGGCGCUCUUCAUGAGUUCCCUGGAGGAGAAUCUAGAGGAGCAGAACUUGUUGAGAUGAUCAGACUGGAGCUCUCGCUCAUCCGCAGCACAUCAGAUCCGUUCAGCAGAGCGUCGCGAUGAUGCUGCGCGUUUUAUUCGCUCUGAUAGUGUUCUCCGGCUCCGUUCAGGCGGAUAAACGCGCGGCGGAGAUGAAGACGAGUCUGAUGCCGUCACCCUCCUCAUCCUCAGCGCGUCGCGGUGAUGAUGAUGAUGAUGGAGACGCGCGCGCACCGAGAGUUCCGCGCGGCUCCAAACACAAGCAGCAGCGCGAGCGGAACUCGCACCGAACUCCGCGACCGCAUCCCGACCCCGACGCGUUCUUCACCACGCCGCGAGCGUUCAACGGCUCGCUACGCGUCCAUAACCCGCUGUUCCCGCUCACGGAGGAGUCGUACAGCGCGUACGCCGUCAUGCUGCUCGCGCUCAUCGUGUUCUCCGUGGGCAUUGUGGGUAACCUGGCGCUCAUGUGUAUCGUGUGGAACAACUAUUACCUGAAGAGCACGUGGAACUGCGCGCUGGCCAGCCUGGCCUUCUGGGACUUCACAGUGCUGUUCUUCUGUCUGCCGGUGAUCACCUUCAACGAGCUGACCAAGAGGAGACUGAUGGGAGAUCUGUCCUGCAGGAUAGUGCCAUACCUGGAGAUGACGUCUCUCGGCGUGACCACGUUCACUCUCUGUGCGCUCAGCAUCGACCGGUUCCACGCAGUGACCAGCGCUCAGCCGCGGACGCAGCAGGUGGAGUCCUGUCAGUCCAUCCUGCCCAAGCUAUCGGUGAUCUGGCUGGGAUCUCUGGUCCUGGCCGCUCCGGAGCUGCUGAUGUGGCGUCUGGAGCAGGAGGUGUCUCCGUGGACGGGUCUGCCGGUGGACUCGUGCGGUCAGGAGCCGUCCGUGAUGCUGCCGGAGACACUGUACUCGCUGGUGCUGACGUACCAUCAGGCCAGAAUGUGGUGGACCUUCGGAUGUUUCUUCUGCUUGCCGCUGCUGUUCACUGGCGCGUGUCAGCUGCUCACACGGCACAUUGCAGACGAGAACGCCAAGAGCAUUCAUCCAUCCUCUUUGUCAUCUUCCUCAUCUUCAUCUCUGAAGAAGAAGCAGCGGCGAGAGCGUCAGCUGACCUGUACGGUGGUGGCACUGGCGGCCGUUUACGCCGUCUGCAGUUUGCCAGAAAACAUCUGGAACUUCGUUCUGGCUUACUCGGGCGUGGAGGUGGGCGUGGCCACACGGGCUCUCCUCGCUCUGAUUGGCCAGUUCCUGUUGUUCGUGCGGGCGGGAGCGACGCCCAUUCUGCUGCUCUGCAUCUAUCGGUCUCUCGGCCAGGCGUUCAUGGACUGCUGCUGCUGCUGUUGCGAAGACUGUCUUCUGGAUACUUCGUCAUCAGCGACAUCAUCGUCUUCGUCCACCAACGCUACGGCCGUCUCCUCGUCCCUGUCCUCGCCCGUCUCCGUCCAGGAGGAGAAGCUGAAGAUCGUGUCUGGAACGUCGCCCGCGGUGUUCUUCGAUAAAGUGAAAGAUGGUCCAGCUGAGCUGAUCAUCGGAACGCCGUGUUGAUCUCGGAACAUUGGCAUCAGUGUCCGUUAAAACUGUGAACCAAUCCAUCUUUAACACUCUUAAAGGGAAAGUUCACUCAUAAAUUAUAAAUUAAUUAUAAAUGUUCCAAACCUGUUUUAUUUUUAUUUUAAAAAAUUAAAUAAAUUAUUGCAAUACUUUAUCAAAUUAAAAAUAUUAUAAAAUAAAAAUGAUAUAAACCACAGAUUUAUCAUGCCGUCACUCACCGCUGGAUGAGGAGAGUUAAACGCAGAAAAACAACUUCCUGUUCCUUUGUCUACAUCCAAUCACAUCCUUUUUUUCUCUUGAUCAUGUUUAAUGAUUUAAAAUUCUUGAUAAGUUGCUGUAUUUCAGUCAUGUAAGUCUAUUUUAUUUAUAGAUCCAUCAGUUCUACACAACAGAAAUACACAUUUUGAACUUAAUUGUGUCUCAGUGGAAUUAAUAACUAAUAUUUUGUUUAUCCGUAAACAUUGUACUGCUGGAUGGACACUUGCGGAAAACUUGAAACAGUGUAUUUUUAUGCCCUUAAUUAACUUCCAUCUUUAAAUUGUCAGUGUUUAAAAAUGAAAGCGUAGUUUGGAAAAUUGGAAAUUGUCUUUUCAGAUCAACCUUUAUGAGUUUUAAAGUAGAAAUGUGUGAAAUUUUAUUGAGUCUGUCUCACAUAUCAAAGACUGUGAUUUGCUGCUGGAAUUAAACGACUUGUGCCCGUUCACAAACUCUCAGCAGAGACAAAAAACUUUCCAAUUUAACACGAUAGAUAGUACUGAUUAUAAUAGCAGAGUGAACCAAUGUAGAUUGUUAGGAUUAGAACUUUUGUAUUUCUUUUAUUUUGUACUCCGUUGCAGCCAAUAAAAGUUUCAAAGAGUUUGAAUGUC